AAGAGCAACAGCUGAAAAGGGAACUAAAAUGUUGAAAAGCUUCUAAGUGGAAUAUGGGAACACGAGAGGUAUACGAAGAAAAGCUGAAGAGAGGAAAUCUCGAUUAUGAUCCUACAAUCAAACCUGGCCUCGGCUCUGCUCGAUGCCCUCGUUGUCUUUCUCUCUUGAACCCCACUUCGAAAAGUGGAGAAUGGGCGAUUACUCCUGUACUGCACGAUGUCACGGCUGUGGCUGGCUCUGGAAUUGGUGGACUGCUCAGUGCAAUUCAUGGUUUCAAUACAGGUAUCCCUUUCGUCCAGAGACAUGUGAAGGGACCAAAGUGGCUUCCAUUUGUUAUAGGGCUUCCUCCACUUCUCAUGUUCUCUUCAGCAAUUGCGGCAGUUGGAGGAUAUGCACUUCCGAAGUUUACUCAACUUACGGUGACUUCAUAUUAUGCUGCUUCAAGUGCAUCACAUUACGGAAUAUCGUUGCUUACCAGACAUAUUGAGGAGGCCCAUACUUCUGCUGCUCAACGUGAAAGACUCAGCUGAUUCACUCGAGAUGCACAAAAUCGGAGCUAAACCUUACUUCAAAUUCUGCCACAAAUUUAUAUUUUUCUGGAGCAACUGUUAAUCGAAAGAUGUUUCGGUGCUGGGGUGAUUUCUUAGGUACAUCUUUUUUAUCAAAGAAAUAGUUUUUACUUUGUAAUAAUAGGAGAGCUUGUGCCUAGGAAUGUUCAAAACAUUCGUGCUUCACUUGUUAACUGCUAAAGAAUAUUUCAUGCUGAAUAAUUUGGUAAAUAGCCUAAACGGCAUAAUUAUUGGAUCUUGCA